AUGGAAACAGCCAUGAACCUCUCAGAGGCCCAGCAGAUCACGCUUGAGAAGCUCAUGGCGUUGAUUGGGCACGAGCAAGUGGCUAUUAUAAUGGCGCAAGGCCCGGACGCACUUCUUGCACGUCUCGAGGCCUUCUUGAACUUUUAA